CGGGGUCUGCGCAUGCGCGCGGGGCCGUGGCGACUCCGCCGACGCGACCGCCUCCUCCGCGCGCGCUCGCAGCACGGUUACCCCGACUCUCUGCCCCUCCUUCCCGCGGCGCUCGAGGGACCAUGGCCGAUCCUCGCGUGAGACAAAUCAAGAUCAAAACCGGCGUGGUGAAGCGACUUUUUCGGUUGACCUGGACGUUCUUUGUCUUUCACAUUGAAAUCAUCACUUUUAAAGCGUUUAAACCAGCGUUCACAAGUAUCUUGAGAUGGAGCAUGUUCACCAUAAGCUUCCCGAAGUAUUCAGCAGCACUUUUCUUCAAAAUAAGAUUGGCCAAAGAAAAAAUGAUGUAUGAAAAAGAAGCAAAACAACAAGAAGAAAAGAUUGAAAAAAUGAAAGCUGAAGAUAGUGAAAAUUAUGCCCUUAAAAAGCAGGCAGAGAUCCUGCAAGAGUCCCGGAUGAUGAUCCCAGAUUGUCAGCGCAGGUUGGAAGCUGCAUAUACUGAUCUUCUGCAGAUAUUAGAGAAUGAAAAAGAAUUGGAAGAAGCUGAGGAAUAUAAAGAAGCACGUUUAGUACUGGAUUCAGUGAAGUUAGAGGUCUGAAGCUUUUUUGUAGAGGGUGCUUUUUUGCAAUUAAUCCUGGGAUUCAUUGCACAUUUUAUUAGUUUUGACCACUGCUGUGUGUUCAAGUAGGAUGAGAAUGUGAUUCUUUUUAUGCAGUUGCAUAUAUUUUUCUUUGCCUAAUUUAAUGUGUCCAAUAAAUGAAUUCGUCUAAUAAAAUUGUUUAUUUUAUACUUUUUUACAAAAUAUUUUAAUUAACCUUUCAUUAUUAAAUCACAGACUUUUUUGACAAAAUUAAAAUCUGUUCGAUUGCUUAAUAAGCAUGGCUUGAGUUAAAAACAGGUAUCAAUACCAUUUUAUUUUUUUAGACAAAAAUCCAAAAAAAAUUUUUUUUGAAUUUUAUUAUUUUUAUUCACUGUUGUACCUAUAACAAUGCCUGGCAUAGGGAAAAGAAGUAGAAAUAAUACAUAUUUGAAAAAUAAAUAAUACAUAUUUGGUGAAUAAAUGCAUGAACUAACAUCA